AUGACCACACCAUACAGUUCUUUAAUAAUUGGCUGGCGCCUACAAGGUCGUCAUGUUUUAAUAGUUGGCGGAAAUCAAGUCGCUGCCAAUCGUCUGGAUUUUGCGUUAUCCGCAAAACCCGCAAAAAUAACUUUAGUAUAUCCAAAACAAAAAAUAACUUGCCCAAAGCUUUUAGAAUGUAUCGAGAAAAAGGGUGGAAGUGGUUUAUUCACGUUUAUUGAUAAAGAAUUUAACAUUGAAAUCCUAGAUAGUGCUCCUGCGGUGGACCUAGUGCUGACCGCGGCAAAUGACGCGCAGUUAUCUCAGAAAAUCGUGGCAGCAACGAGAGAACGACGUAUUCCGGUGAACGUGGCAGAAAUCCCACAGCUGUGUGAUUUUUUGUUUAUGCCCACGUAUCGUGAUGAGUAUUUGCAGGUGGCCAUUUCUACGAAUAAUUUUGUAGCAAGAAAUAUUGAUAAGAAAAAAGGUGACCUUGCGUUGGUGACGCGAAAAAUAAGGGAACAUGUUUUGAACCAUGUACCGAGUCACAAAGACAUUAUUGCUGCAUCGAAUAAUCUUGCGUUAUUAAGAAAGAAUUUGGAUGAGAGUGGUGGCAAUAUGUCAUCGUUAUCAAAAAUUAUCGAUCCACUACCAUUAGAACAGCUUGCUCAAUUAUCUGCGAAAGAUAUUGCAGCAUUAACAAAUGAAAAUCACAAUUCGCUAUUGAGCGAGGGAACUUUCUCGGAUAUUGAUGAAGCAUCGUCAACUUUUUCAAGUGACGAAAAACAAUCGGACAUCACGUUUGUAGAGCAAGCGAAUGAUUCUUAUAGUGAUAAUAUCGAAGAUAGAUCGCUGAUAAAAUCGAACAUUAUCGAUAAUGAAAGAUUAGGUGGGGAUCGACUUGUCGACGGAAAAAACAUCUUGAUUGAUGUCGAAAUACAACCGUGGAUUAAAUCAAAAGUUAACGAUAAAGUUUUGAUUGGAAGAUUAGGUGGAAAUCAACUCGUAGAUGGAAAAACAGCAUUGGCGUAUGUUGCGUAUGCAUUAAGUACGAAUGCAUUCAUUUAUCCGACUACAAGAUCAGCAUAUAUUGGAAAAGUGAUUGAACAUUGGUGUGCGAAUAAUGUUCGAAACGCAUUUGGAAAGGUGGGGCAAGUUGAGAAAAUGGAUACUCGUGUUGGUACUGCCACGACAAUUCUUGGAGCUGCAACCAUGAUGGCAGCAUUCUCCUCACCCUUAAAAAACAAGGAUUUCAAUUUAUCCUCGUAUUGGCAUUUUUCCGCAUUUGCCACCUCGCAAACAAUUGUAAAUAUGAUCCCAAACCUGUACAUACUUUCCGUUCAACAUAUUCCUUUAGUCAUACACGUUGCAGCACAAGGACAAGAUCACGAAAUGAAUAAUACAAUUAAUUAUCACGAUGCAUUACAAGCACGUGAUACUGGCGUAUCUAUGAUUAAUUCUUUCACGGUACAAGAAACACAUGACGUAGCAUUGAUUGCACAUUUAGUUUCUGCUUUAACGGAGUCCCCCUUCUUACAUAUUUUCGACGGGAUAAAAAUAACACAUGAAUUAACAAAAGCUGAUCUUUUAUCUUAUGAUGAUAUCGCAAAAUUAUGGAUAGAAAUUAAGACGGAGGCAAAUACGCUUAAGCAACAGCGUAACUCUCAUAAUUCGAUCAUCGACGCGAUCGAAACAGUAGCAAUUAAAGUCGGGCAAAAAUUAGGGAGACAUUAUCGAUUAUUUGAAUAUAUUGGGGCACAUGAUGCAGAGUCUGUCCUGGUGGUGUUGGGAGAUGAGGUUGUCAGUGUACGAGAGACUGUCAAUCGACUUUCACAAUAUGGCGGAAAAGUUGGUGCGAUUGUUGUUCGAGUAUAUAGACCAUGGUCAGUUAGACAUUUCUUAAACAUACUACCAAAAACGACCAAACGUAUUGCUGUAUUUGAACAAGUGGUGAAUACAAAAAAGGGUUCCAUUCGAAAUAGUUCAACAUUAUUUACUGAUAUUUCGGCAUCUUUCCAAUCAGAAAUUUGGGUUAUUAGAAAGACUCCAACUCCGAUAAUAGUUGAUGUGAAAUACCCAAUCACUCAAAUUUUGAAUGCACGAAAAAUAAAACUUGCUCUUCAUCAAUUAGUCUCCGGAGUGAAUAUAGAUCUAAAUGCCGAUCUAUUAUCGGCGAUUGAUAUUCCGCCACCCUCACAUAGUUUGAAGCAAUGCAUAUUUUGGGACUCGGAACCUCUUGGAACUGUGCACACAUCUGCACAUAUUGCAAACGUCUUCACAAAUAUUCCUCAACUAAAUUUCUCGAGUCUAUCAACUUAUGACGUUUACAAUAAUGGGGGAGUUGCGGCUACACGUUUAAGAUUUGGUCCCGAUCGUAUUUGUGGGGUGUAUGACGGCGAAUGUGGUGCUGAUUAUAUAGGUAUACACGAUGCUAAUCUCAUCUCAAAAUACGAUAUUUUGCAUGCGGCCAAAGAGCGUACGAUGGUAUUAUUGAAUACUGAAUGGGAGACUAGUGAAUUGGCAAUGAAACUAUCAAAUGAUUUCAAGCAUGAAGCCGCAACACGAAAUAUUCAAUUGUUCGUUAUUGAUGCCCAGAAAAUUGUUCGCGAUAUGGGAUUAUCAACAUCUUCAUCGACCGAUGCUAUUAAUAUCGUACUUCAGACAGCAUUUUUAAGAUUAAAUAGUUAUGCAAACCUAGAUGAAUCAUUACAGGAAGCGAUCGCUGAUCACUAUGACGGUGUGAGCGAGAAGGAAGUAACACGCAUAGUCCGUGACAUUGUAGAAAAAACGCAGGAUGGUCUAGUUCGAAUUGACAUUCCAUCUAUGAUAUGGUCUCAGCUUGAAAAAUCCAAUCAAAAUAUACCUUGUAACAUAGAGAAUAAUUCAUUCAGCCCAAAUCUUGACAAACCAAGCAUUCAAAAGAGAGCAAAAUUGGAUAGCUGGCAUAGAAUUGCCCUCAAUCUGUUAUUCAAGGAAGCUUAUGGACAAAAACAAAAAACUCGACCUGAUCUUUCCGAAAAGACUUUUAUUGUUAAUGUUUCAGAGAAUCGUAGAUUAACCCCAUUGACUUAUGAACGCAAUUUAUUCCAUGUUGAAUUCGAUAUCAAUGAAAAUGACAAAUUCACCUAUAAUAUUGGAGAAGCACUUGGAGUUUAUGGACAUAAUGACCCGGACGAAGUUAAUCAAUUUUUGCAAUAUUAUGGACUUGAACCGAAUGAUGUGAUAUUAGUGCCAUCUAAGGAAGGCAAUCAAUACGAGGCAAGAACGGUUUUACAAUUAUUCACUCAAGUCCUAGAUAUUUUUGGUCGACCACCGAAAAGAUUCUAUGAAUCAUUAGCAAAAUACGCCAAGAACGAGACGGAAAAAAAUAAAUUACUAUGGAUUGCAAGUAGUGACGGAUUAGAAGAAUUCAAACGACGUGUCGAUGACACAACUACUUUUGCUGACAUAUUUUACGAAUUUCAAUCUGCUCGACCACCCGCAGAAGAUUUAGUGAAUCUAAUUACACCAAUCAAACCACGACACUAUUCAAUAGCAUCAUCAAACAACGUACAUCCGAAUCAGGUUCACCUAUUAAUAGUGACAGUUGAGUGGUUAAAUUCCAUUGGUAAAAAAAGAUAUGGACAAUGUACAAGAUACUUAUCCAAAUUAAAAGUUGGUGAGAAAGUCACCGUUUCAAUUAAAUCGUCAGUGAUGAAACUUCCUCCGCUCGACUCACAACCCAUUAUAUUGGCUGGACUUGGUACAGGGAUGGCACCAUUCCGUGCCUUUAUUGAAGAACGUGCGUACCGAAAAUCAAAAGGAAAAAAAGUUGGUCCAAUAAUUUUAUACUUUGGUUCGCGAAAUCGAGCAAUGGAAUAUUUAUACGGCGAAGAACUGGAAGCAUAUCACGCCGAAGGAGUACUCACACAUCUUCGUUUGGCAUUUUCACGCGACCAACCCAAAAAAGUCUAUAUACAACAUAAGAUGCAAGAAGACGCACAAUUGUUGUAUGAAUAUCUCUUGAAAAAGGAAGGAUGGUUUUACCUUUGUGGUCCCACUUGGCCUGUGCCGGAUGUUCGGGAUGCAAUCACUGAUGGUUUUGUGAAGGCUGGUCGGUUGUCUAAACGGGAAGCUAAUGAUUGGGUGAAUAGGUUGAAGGAUUUGGAACGUUACAUUUUAGAAGUGUAUUAA